AUGUUCCCACCGCCACCACAUCCUUUGGUGGAAUCAAGUGGUGGUCAACGCUUCCUAGUGGAGCGUAUUUUGAACCACCGCGAUGUGAAUGGCGUCCGGACGAGUUACCUCGUCCGCUGGCGUGGCUAUCCACCGGCGUGGGACGGCUGGGAGCCUCGUGCCCAGCUGAUUGUCGAUGUCAUUCGUCUCGUCGAGCAGUACGACGAGACCCAUUCGCUGCGUUUGAAGAAGGGCCGUCGGAAAACGACCACCGCGAACGCGAGUAUAGGGAUUGCAAAGUGUCGAUCCCUACGGCCAUCUCGGAAGAGAUGCGCGACCUCCAGUAGGGAACAGGGAGGGAGGGGUAGGCCUCCCUAG